CUAAAAAGUGUCAGAGUGUAGUCGGAGCGCCGCCAACUCCAUGGCGCACUGUCCAUGAUGCAAUAGAGAAGCAGGAGAUUAGAGGCUCCGAUCAAACCCCAUCCGACAGGAAGCGAGGAGCUGCUUUCCACCGAGCACGGAGGAUUUUAGGGGUCAGGGCAGCGGAGUUAUUUGGGUGCACCGGGAGCAGGGGCAGCCAGCCGGGCGAUCUGAGUGUUUCCUGGCUUUGAUGCGACCCGAGUGUGUCUGGAGCAUGUCCACAGUGGGCCUGACUGCCCAGGAGAUCUCUUUUCCCAUAGAAAACCCCUUCCUCCGGGGCAGCUACUGCCACAGCAUGGCUGGAUCCAAACCUUCGUGGAGCCAACGCCAUGAGCUGGACAACAGCUUCUACUUCAGCAUGAACAAUGCAAACACAGAUUACAGCUAUCGAGUCCAGCAAAAAGUGCCGCCUCCCAGCUAUGAGAGACAUAAACACAGUCCCAGCUCACAGAGAUUACCUCCAAAGAAAUGCCGGCCCUCCCUCCUCCCCCUGUUCUGCAGCCCAGACUCCUCCACUCCCAGUCCGGUGGACAACGACCAGGUGGUCCCCUCAUUCCAGAAACUCUCCUUCCACGAGUGCAUCAGCCCCCCACAGACUCCAGACAGAUGCUCCAAGCCUCUGCCCCCCAUCCCCUUUCCGGCAGACAUAUCCCCCAUGGACAGCGAGGUGGAGUUCUUCACCAGUACGGACGAGAGUCGCUGCCUGGUGUCUGAUCAGUGUUCCAAAUCCUCCUCUUUCCGGUACGGAGUCCACAGCCGGAGGAGCUUCAAGAACUGCGGGCAGAUUAAUUAUGCUUACUACGACGGUCCUAUAGCCCCUCAAAGCACGCAGCAGCAGCAGCAGCAGCAUGCGGCCCCCGCCGCUGCUCCCGCUCUGCAGGAAGUGCGGGAACCGAGCGAGCAGCAGCGGAGGGAGCCGCCCGAGCCGGCCGUCUGUCAGAGACAGCAGGAGAAAAGUCGGCGGUUGCGGCGGUCUCACUCGGGCCCGGCCGGAUCUCUAAACAAACCCUCGCUGCUGCGCCUCACGUGCACAAAACGCCACACGAACCAUAUGGACAGGCCGGAGGUGCCCCCUCCCAUCCCCCCGCGUCUCAACCCGAAGGCGGGGGACUGCCGCCGCUGGUCGGCAGAGGUGUCGUCCGGGGCGUACAGCGACGACGACAAGCCCCCCAAGGUGCCCCCAAGGGACCCGCUGUCCAUGGGGAGCUCCCGCACCCCCAGCCCCAAGAGUCUCCCCACCUACAUCAACGGCGUGAUGCCGCCCACGCAGAGCUUCGCGCCGGACCCCAAGUACGUGAGCGGCCGGAGUUUGCAGAGACAGAACAGCGAAGGGUCGCCGUGCAUCCAUCCCAUCAUGGAGGACGGCAAGAAGGCCAGCGCCACACAUUACUACCUGAUGCCGCAGCGCUCGCCCUUCGACUCGCCCUGCGACUGCCACGCCAGGAGAAAAGCCCCCGUGGAUUUAGUUUGAAGACUUCUAGUGGAAGUGGCCAAGGACUCAGCUGCGCCAUGAGCAGAAGCCAUUUGCUGAAAUGGUGAAAGUGGACGCUAACAACCCUCAAACUGCUGCUUUUACUGUGUUUUUUUGUUUUUGUUUUUGUUUUUUUUAAUUUACCCUCUAUGUAUUCUGAACACACAGGGUAUGUGUGCACUGUAUACAGUUACUGGUAAUGUUGGACGAGCGAACACAACCUGCGUGACUCAAGAUUGUGGGCAAACUUCAACGUCGUAGAGCUUAUUUUUGAUAUGAGUUUUAUUUCAUGACAUUCAAUGUCAUGCUGUUUUUGUUUUAGUUUUUUUCGGCGACGAUGCAGCACAAUGAGAAAGGUGCAAGCGGGCCUUGAACCUCGUGCGCUCAGUGUUUAGUGUCUGAAAUGGCGUGGAUGCAUUGUGAGAUUCUACUGGGGCGAUUUGAUGCUGCUUUUGUAUCUCACAAGGGACACAAGGUCAGUAAUGUAACCAUGUAUCACUUAAUAUAUGAAGUAUAAACACAAGCCCUGUCUGUUAAUCUUUAACUACAUGAAGGAUGCUAAAACACAGAUCUGUUUGCUAUUGUAUAACAACACUGAUAUGGUCUCCGUGCGCCGGUGUGGUUUCAGCUGCGCUCCGGGAGACCGUAUCAGGAUCAAUUUGUGUUUUAUUUAGUUUUAUUUUUUUCUCACAUGGCACAUUGUCAUGGUACAUGUUGUACUUUAGAGGUGGGUACAUUACUGGUAGCUAUGCAUGUUUCCAUUGGAAUGUCUAGUGCAGCUUAUAUGAUGUAGAUGUCUGUGGACGAGUGCAUUUGUGUGUCUGCGUGCACCGUGGCGUGUUUGUGCAUGUGAACAGCAGUCGGAAGUGUUUCGGUACGUAGAGCGACUCUCUCCGGUUCUGUCAGAGAUGCUUGUUACCGUGUGUUUGCAGGGCCUGCUUCGGAGCACAGCCCUCUGGGACGUGCACACAUCUGGUUUCUCUCCUCCAGAUCUGUUGUUGUUGCACAGAAAUCGGUCUGUCGAACAUAAGUGAAUGUAUGCUAUUCUUACUGAAACCCCCUCGAACGACUAAGAGGAGCUUAUAUUUGUCAAGCUGUGAGUCAUUGCUUGGAACGAAUUUGCCUCGAGUUCUACCUCACUUUGAUAAAACGCUUUAUUUUUGGGAAAAAAGGAAAAAAAAAAGUUUCUGUUUUAAAUUGUGUCCAACGGCAAAAUCUGACAGAUACAAUCUUCAAAAGAUGAGGUAACUGACUCCACAUGUGACCCGAUGCGAUUCAAAAAAAAGAAAUGGUAAUAACAAGUUACACUUCGGUUCAGAGAAACACGGUUGAUUCUAACCGGAUGUCCUUAAAAAGAGAUUUUAGAUGUGAGGCUCGCCUGUUAAUACAGAAGCAUUACAAAGACAGUGCAGGGUUUACCUGCCUGACACAGACUUUCCUGUUCUGCACAUGCAUUCCUGCCUUACAUGAUUGCAGUGGGUGUGGUCUGAAAGACUUUGGCUGCUGGCAGUCCAGAAAAUAUAUGAAUUUUAUUGUUGUAGAUUAUUGACGGAGAGCCAGGACGAUAUAGAAAAUGUAGCACAUGUAUUGAAGUUACCCUUGGUAUCAAACACGGUGUUCAGUUUGGGAAAACAGAUAACUGCUAAGGUCAAUCGGUCAUUGAAGUAUACUUUCCUUCUCCCUCCUGCUCACGAACCUUGCCAACACAAUGUUGCUUUCGACUUUAAUGUACGAAAAAUGUUUACAUCAUACACUAAUACUAUUUAAUCUUAAGGUAUUCAUGUCUUAUUAGAAAUAAUAAAACUGAAUGAAGACUAGUUUGUCAAGAAAUAACUUCUCUGCUGUGGUGAAGACAUGCACUGUUCAGUAUGCUGUGUACAGUAUUUAACAAUUCCAUUUGUUAUGAAUAGUUGAUACGUAUAUAGUCUUUGAAAAGAAAGCAAAAAAUAAAAUGACUUAUUUAUGAGCUCG